AUGCCUUCAGGUAUGGGAAAUGGCACAAAGCCUAUUCACAACAAGAAGCCCAAGAAGGCUGCCAAGGACGAAGAUGAGGACGACGUUGCCUUCAAGGCCAAGCAGGCUGCUGACAAGAAGGCCCGCGAGGAGAUGGCCAAGAAGGCCGGCGGCAAGGGCCCCUUGAACACUGGCGGCCAGGGCAUCAAGAAGAGCGGAAAGAAGUAA